CACUGAGAUAAAGCUAUCCUUGAAAAAACAUCUCAACACCAUUAUGAAACUCUACGACUCACCCGCCCCCAACCCCAUGGCCGUCCGCCUGUUCAUCCUCGAACGUGGCGGACUCAACCUUGACGUUGAAGUUGUUGACACAAAGACUCUUCAGAACCGACGCCUUCCAUAUCGCGCGAUUAACCCUCGCGGGGAAGUCCCCGCCCUUCAACUCGAUGACGGCACGAUCCUGACUGAAGUCACGGCCAUUUACGAGUACCUGGACGAGAUCGCCGCUGGAGGUACAUCGCUCUUUGGAAAUACGCCGGAACAGCGUGCCGAGACCCGCAUGUGGCUGAGAAGAAUGGAUUUGGAGAUUUGUCAACUGGUUAUUGCUUGGAUCAGGAAUGAUCCUGCUACUAUCGAUCUCUAUAAAGGCCAUCGAAUUCCGACGCCUGAGGCGAGAGUGAAUCAAAAAGUGAUGAUUAAUCAAGCGUUGAACAUGCUGGAUGAUCAGUUGGAGGGGAAGACUUGGCUAUGUGGGGAUAGGUUCUCUGCUGCUGAUGUUCACUUUUAUGGGUUGAUGAAGUUGAUGACUAUGAGGUUCUGUGAUUGGGUGCUGUUGCCGGGACGAGAGAACUUUUUGGCAUAUUGGAAGAGACUGGAUGAGCGUGAGGCUUCGAAGAAGGCUUUGCAGACUUUUGCGGCUAGGGUUGAGGUGUGAUGCACAUACUGGGUCUCCGAGGGAAAGUUCCCAUAGGAUCAUAUCAUUGACCCUUCCCGACUAGCUACCGAUACAAUGGUGUCAGGCACAUUUGUGUUACUAAUUCCCGAACAUAUACAGACCACUCAUCCAGACGUUUUACGGUUCCUCCCAGUUGCAACAAGCUGCU